UGUGUUCCCCUCCCCGAGCUAAUGCAGGCGCUGACGGGGUGGGCUCUGCCCUCCCCUCCCACCGCCGCAGUGCCUGGCACACACCCCGCUUUCUCCCUGCCGGAGGGAUAUAUAAUACAAGGGAAAAAGAUACUGGAGAGAGAGAAAAGGCAGGGAAGGGAACGGGAGGGGAAAAAAGCAGGGAAAAAAAAUCCUGCUGACAUCAUCUGGGAUGACGGGGCUGAUCCGGCCGCCGGCCCCCCCGCCCGAGCCCCACUAAUGCUCCGCUCCUGCCGGCGCAGCCGCCUUCGUCCAGCCCGAGCCAAAGGUGGCUGAGCUGGGUGGGCAGGCGGCCGCCCGGGCCGGCCCCCCGGGCUCUGGCAUCGCCAUGCCCGGAGACUCGGUGAAACCCCAAGGGCUGGGGGGAUUGGAGAAGGAAAACGGAAUGCCGGAGGGAUCGGAGGCAGCCCCCCCGCCGGCCCCAGGCCCUCCACCGAUGCCCACCAAGGAGGAGGCUCGCCCGCAGCCCGAGGGCGCCAGCUGCGACCCCGGCCCCCCCGCUGCUGCCCCCCCGGGCGAGUCCUGCCGGCCCCCCCUGCCCGCAGACCCCCUGGACACCCGCAUCGUCAUGGGGGAGGAGACGCGCUCCGCCACCGACCCCGAGCUCCGGGGGGGGCCCCCCCUGCCUGCUGUGCCUUGCCCCUUCCCUGCGCCCACCAAAGAUCCCCCCCAGCGCCAAGCGGCUGAGCCCCCCUCCGGGAGAACCCCCCCUGCUGCCGCCAUGGACCCCGACCUCUUCUUCACGGCCCCCUCCACCCCAAUCCGGGUCGGGGGGUCCCGGCUGCUGCCGCCUCCCCCCGAGGAGCAGACGGACGGGGAGAGCGAGGGGCUCUGCUCCCCCCCGACAUCCCCCUCCGGGUCCUAUAUGACGGCCGAGGGGGGCAGCUGGGGGUCCUCCGGCACGGCCAGCACCUCCCCGUCCUGCUCCCCCAACCUGGUGGCCGAGGCCGAAGCGCUGGCGGUGGCUGAAGCGGAGGCUGAAGGCAUGGUGGAGGUGGAGGCUUUGUGCCCCUGCCUGGAGCAUCCCCCUGCCUUCACCCCGCCGUCUCCCGAGGAGGAGGAUGAGGAGGAGGAAGAUGGACUUUUCGCCCUUCCUGGGGCUGAUGAUGGUGAUGGGCAGACCCUGGAGGACGAGGAGGAGGAGGAGGAGGAUGAGGAGUGGGACAUGGGGGGUGAGGGGCUGCCCGGUGCGGGCUUGAUCCCGGCGGCACUGCUGCCCUUCCGCGGCAGCCUGCUCUUCCAGGCUGAGGCGGUGGAGAUCACCCCGCUGCCUGCCGGCACAGCGCUGCUGCCCCUGCCCCUGCCCGGCGAGGAGGAUGAGGAUGAUGAGGAGGAAGAAGAGGAGGAGGAGGAGGAAGGUGGCAGCACCUCGGCCUCCUUCCUGCGCUCGCUGUCAGAGACCUCCAUCACCGAAGGGGUGGAUGAGUCCUUCGCCUUCCGUGAUGACACCUCCGCCUCCUCCGACUCGGCUGCUUACGACGGCGAGGAGGACGAGCGGCUCUAUGGCACCGAGCGCCACGCCAUGGGGAACGAGGGGGCUCCCCCUGGCACCGCCACCGCGCCCCCGGGCACCGGUCCUGCUGGGGAGGGCGGCAUCGAGCUCCACCUUCACGCUGGGGUGGCCCCUGAUGGCAGUGGGUCACUGGAGGGGUCCCCGCAGCACAGCAGAGGGGAGGAACCGGCGAGUGCGGAGGAUGCCAUCAGGGAGGACAUUCGUACCACAGACCCAGGGAUGCAGGAGCAGGAGGGCAGCGAGACCCCCCCAGCACCCUGUGGGGAAGGCAGCGUGCAGCAGGAUGGUGAGACCUUCCUCAUGUCUUCCUCUUCCUCCCCGGAGCUGCAGGAAGCAUUAACCCUGGAGCACAAUGUCCCAUGGGAGCCAAACCCCGUUCCCAGGGAGUGUCCCCCACCAGAACCCCCUCAGCUCCCAGAGGAGCCAGUGGUGAUGCCGGGUGCUGAGGAGGAGCCAGUGGCAAAGGAUGAUUCCGUUAUGGCAGCACUGGGAGAGGGGCCCAGUAUGGAGCCAGCGGAGAGCAGCAGCGCCCUGCAGCCCCCGAGCCUCUGCUCCAGGGACCCCCAAACUGAGGGGGUGCAGCAGGAUGAUGUGGCACCGGCUAACGGGGAGCCCCAGGGUGGCCCUGGCAGUGAUGAUGAUGAAGAUGAUGGUGAUGAUGUUGGUGUUGGUGACAGUGACCAUGAGCUUGGCACUGUGAGAGUGGACAGCACUGAGCUGGCAGCCCCUGAUGGCCAUGAUGAGCUGGACACUCUGGCCACCAACCUGGUGACAUCCAGCCCUCCAGAUGAGCCAGACACCGUGGCCACCAACCUGGUACCACUUGUGACACCCGGCCUGCCAGCUGAGCCAGACACUGUGGCCACCAACCUGGUGCCACAGGUGACACCCAGCCUGCCAGAUGAGCCAGACACCAUGGCCACCAACCUAGUGCCACCGGUGACACGCAGCCCAUCGGAUGAGCCGGACACUGUGGCUACCAACCUGGUGCCACUGGUGACACCCAGCCCGUCGGAUGAACCAGAACCCAUGGCUACCAACCUGGUGCCACCAGUGACACCCAGCCCAUCGGAUGAACCAGACACUGUGGCUACCAACCUGGUGCCACUGGUGACACCCAGCCCAUCGGAUGAGCCAGACGCUGUGGCUACCAACCUGGUGCCACUGGUGAUACCCAGCCCAUUGGAUGAGCCAGAAACCAUGGCCACCAACCUGGUACCACUGGUGACAGCCAGCCCAUUGGAUGAGCAGGACACUGUGGCCACCAACCUGGUACCACUGGUGACAGCCAGCCCAUCGGAUGAGCCAGACACUGUGGCUACCAACCUGGUACCACUGGUGACACCCAGCCCAUUGGAUGAGCAGGACACUGUGGCCACCAACCUGGUACCACUGGUGACACCCAGCCCAUUGGAUGAGCCAGAGACCAUGGCCACUGAUCUGAUGCCAUUGGUGACACCCAGCCCAGUGCCACCAGUGACACCCAGCCCACUGGAUGAGCCAGAGCCCAUGGCCACUGACCUAGUGCCGUUGGUGACACCCAACCUACCAGAUGAGCCGGACACUGUAGCUACCAACCUGGUGCCGCUGGUGACGCCCAUCCCACUGGAUGAGCCGGACACUAUGGCCACCAACCUGGUGUCAUUGGUGACACCCAGCCUGAUGGAUGAGCCGGACACUGCAGCCACUGACAUGGCACCAUUGGUGACACCGAUCCCACUGGAUGAACCGGACACCACGGCCACCAACCCUGACCUGGUGCCACCAGUGAUGCCCAGUGUCCUGGCACCUUCCUCCCCAUCACAGGACACGUCCCCCUGCGAUGCCAGCGAGGAUCUGGUGGAUGUGGCAGCCUCAGCCAGCGCAUCCCUGGAGCCACCAGUGACCGCGUGUCCCACGGCACAGGAGACAACGGCGCAUCCCGCCGGGGACCAGGAUGCUCCCACUGCUUCCCCCGAGGAUUCCCCCCCGGAGCCGCUGGACACCUCCUGCUCCUGCACCGACUCCAGCCCCUUCGCAGCUCCUGAGGACCACGCAGGAGAAGCAGCCGCCCCCCCCCGACCCCCGUCUCCCAAGGAGGAUGCAGAGGAUGCCGCUGCCCGCCUCUGCCUGCCCGCCUCGCCCCCCGCCGCCCCCCCGUUGCUCUUCACCGCUUCGGAGCGGGAGGUGUACGUGGGGGCCCCCCUCGAACUGCUCCAAACACCCGGUGCCUUCUCGGAGAGCGGGGCGGGCUGGCAGUGCCGGGAGGACCGGCAGCGGGUCACUGCCAUGCUGCAGGGCUCUUUUGGGGAUCUGCCGGCCCCCCGCCUCCCCCCCAGGCCCGCGGAGCCCCCCGAGGCAUCCGCAGAGCCCCUGGAGGGUCCCCCCAGUGAUGGGGCAACAGAGGAGCCCGGGACCCCUCUGCUUGCUGAUGCCCCCCCGGGCCAGACUGCUGGGGAAACCGAUGCCAAAGUCCUGGGGGAGAGCAGCCCCCCGAGCCCCCCCAGUGAGCCCCCGGCACCCCCCGGGCAGCAGGAGGAAGAGGAGAUGGUGGGGACCCCAUCCAGCCCCCAGCCCGCUCUGGGUGCUAGCGAAGGGGGGGAUGCUCAGCCGGCGCCCUCCCCGGAGCCAGCCAGGGAUGCAGCCCCCCAACCCUGCCCCGAGCCCCCCAGCGCACCGCCAGCCCCCUGCCCUCCGCUCCCCAAACUCAGCCAAGUGCCUCCUCUCGCCGCUGCCCCAUCGCCACCAUCGCCACGUCCCGGCCCCCAGGACACCUCAUCAGGGCUCCCCGCCGGCGAGGAGCGCCCGUCUGUCCUGCUGCCCACCAGGAAGCACCUCGAGGCCCCCCAGCCCUCCCCGCGCAAGGAGAAGGAGGCCCGAGGCCGGCAGGCAGGGCCGGGCAGCCGGGUCCCCCCCCGCGGGUCGCUGCAGUCGGAGUCGAGCUCCUCCAGCGAGGCGGAGGCUCCGUACCCGUGCCCCGAGAUCCAGCGCCUGCGGGAAGCCGCCGGCAUCGCCCUGCGCCAGGACAAGCAGCCCCCGGCGCCCCGCCGCUGCGAGGCCAACCACAAAGGGUCCUGUAAUGAGUCGGAGAGCAACGAUGAGUCCAUCCCGGAGCUGGAGGAGGCUGAGGGCUCGGAGCCGCAGCCAGCACAGACACAGGCGCAGCUCACCCACUCGCUGGGCACCGGGGAGGAGACGGUCAGCAAGGCAAAGCAGAGCCGGAGCGAGAAGAAGGCCAGGAAGGCCAUGUCCAAGCUGGGGCUGCGGCAGAUCCACGGCGUCACCCGCAUCACCAUCCGCAAGUCCAAGAACAUCCUCUUCGUCAUCACCAAACCCGAUGUCUUCAAGAGCCCCGCCUCCGACAUCUACAUUGUCUUUGGGGAAGCCAAGAUCGAGGACCUGUCGCAGCAAGUGCACAAGGCGGCGGCAGAGAAGUUCAAGGUGCCGAUGGAGCACUCGCCAUUGAUCACGGAGACGGCCCCGACCCUCACCAUCAAGGAGGAGAGCGAGGAGGAGGAGGAGGUGGAUGAGACGGGACUGGAGGUGAGGGACAUCGAGCUGGUGAUGGCCCAGGCCAAUGUCUCGCGCCCCAAAGCCGUGCGGGCGCUUCGGCACAACAACAAUGACAUUGUCAACGCCAUCAUGGAGCUGACCAUGUAGCGGCCGGUGCUGUCCCGGCCCCCCUGUAUAGAUGCACAGUUACUACCCCCCUUCUGCCAUCCUUCCUCUAUACACCCCCAUACUUCUCCUCUGCGUCUGUAUCGCUCAAUAAACGGCCUCAUGUAUCACUUGGAUCGCA